UUGGGAGCAGAGGCUGAGGGUGGGGGGGGCAGGCGGCAGCUGUGGGCGAGUGAAAACGGACAGUGGCAGCAGCAGAGGGAACGUUGUCGUCGUUUUCUUCCUUCGCGCUUCCCUGUGUUCGUUUUGCGGGGGCGUCUCUCCUUCUCGCUGGUGCGGAGAGGAGAUGGGCCCGUGAGCGUUGCUUCCCCUCACAGCCGAGCUGCCUGAGCCGCCCCUCCUCCUCCCUCCCUCCCUUCCCUUCCUCCUCCCUGUCCCCGGUCGGGGCGCUGCUUCCCCCUCCCCCCUCGGCGGCGCCCGUGGCCCGGCCGCGCCCUCCUGGUCCCCUCAGUCUCUCACACACAGGCCGGGCAUUGAUGGUAAUGUAUGCGAGGAAACAGCAAAGACUCAAUGAUGGCUGUCACGACCGCAAGGGGGACUCGCAGCCCUACCAGGCUCUUAAAUACUCAUCAAAGAGUCACCCCAGUGGUGGUGAUCACCGGCAUGACAAGAUGCGAGACACCACAGAUCCUUCACCACCAAAUAAAAUGUUGCGGCGAUCUGAUAGCCCUGAAAACAAAUACGGUGACAACACUGGACACAGUAAAGCUAAAAGCAUGCAUGCUCACAGAGUUAGAGAGAGGGAUGGUGGGACCAGUUAUUCUCCACAAGAAAAUUCUCAUAACCACAGUGCUCUUCAUAGCUCAAAUUCACACUCUUCAAAUCCUAGCAAUAAUCCAAGUAAAACUUCUGAUGCAUCCUACGAUUCUGCAGAUGACUGGUCUGAGCACAUUAGUUCUUCUGGCAAAAAGUACUACUAUAACUGCCGAACAGAGGUUUCACAGUGGGAAAAACCAAAAGAAUGGCUUGAAAGAGAGCAGAGACAAAAAGAAGCAACCAAAAUGUCUGUCAACAGCUUUCCAAAAGACAGAGAUUACAGGAGAGAGGUGAUGCAGGGGACUGCUAGUAGUGGAUUUGCUAGUGGAAUGGAAGAGAAGCAUUCCAGUGAUGCCGCUAAUAUGCUCCCACAGAAUAUUUUGUCUCAGACAAGCAGACACAACGACAGAGACUACAGACUGCCAAGAACAGAGACUCACAGUAGUUCUACCCCAGUACAACAUCCCAUCAAAACAGUGGUUCACCCAUCUUCUGCCCCAAGUUCUGUUCCUCCUAGUCCAUUUUCUCUACAGUCUGACCAUCAGCCAAAGAAAUCGUUUGAUGCAAAUGGAGCAUCUUCCUUAUCAAAACUGCCUACACCCACCUCUUCUAUCCCGUCACAGAAAACAGAGAGAAAAGGUUUGCCAGAAUCUGUGACUAUGGACAAGUCUCUGUCCCACUCGUGCACAACUCCUUCCACAUCGGCUUCUGGGCUAAAUCCAACUUCUGCACCCACUUCAUCGGCUUCUGCAGUCCCUGUUUCACCUGUCUCACAAUCCCCAAUUCCUCCAUUACUUCAGGACCCAAACCUCCUUCGACAGUUACUACCUGCUCUUCAAGCCACCUUGCAGCUUAACAAUUCUAGUGUAGAUAUACCCAAAAUAAAUGAAGUUCUUACAGCUGCGGUGACACAAGCCUCUCUACAAUCUAUACUCCAUAAAAUUCUCACUGCUGGACCAUCUGCUUUUAAUAUAACUUCCCUGAUUUCUCAAGCAGCACAACUUUCCACACAAGCUCAGCCAUCUAAUCAGUCCCCAAUGUCUUUAACAUCUGAUGCCUCGUCACCAAGGUCAUACGUAUCUCCAAGGAUAAGCACGCCUCAGACAAACACAGUUCCUCUGAAACCUUUGAUAAGUACACCCCCUGUAUCAUCACAGCCAAAGGUAACUGCUUCAGGUGUUAAGCAAGGACCAGUUUCACAGUCAGCAUCUCAGCAGCCAGUGAUUGCUGACAAACAACAAGGUCAUGAACCUGCUUCUCCUCGAAGUCUUCAGCGUUCAAGUAGUCAGAGAAGUCCAUCUCCUGGUCCAAAUCAUACCUCCAAUACAAGUGCUUCAAAUACAACAGCACCACAGAAUGCGUCUACACGACCUACGUGUUCAUUAACACCCACGUUAGCGGCACAUUUCAAUGAAAAUCUUAUAAAGCAUGUCCAAGGGUGGCCUGCAGAUCAUGCAGAAAAGCAGGCAUCAAGAUUACGUGAAGAAGCUCAUAACAUGGGAAGUGUCCACAUGUCAGAAAUUUGUACUGAAUUAAAAAACUUAAGAUCUUUAGUUCGAGUAUGUGAAAUUCAAGCAACUUUGCGUGAGCAAAGGAUACUAUUUUUGAGACAACAAAUUAAAGAACUUGAAAAACUAAAGAAUCAGAAUUCCUUCAUGGUGUGAAAAAGUUGUGAAUAAUUGCACAUGGGUUUUGAGUACAGGAACUGAUUGCCCAGUCUUAACAUUUUUGAGCUGCAUUUGAGUAGACUUUGGACCGUUGAGUUGGGCUAAACAAAACAAAAUAUGGGAAAGGGGACAGGAGGGCUGUCAUUCAGGGGAAGGAUACAAGGAUGAUUUGUAAAACCCUUGAAAUGUAGAUUUCUUGUAGAUGUAUUCUUCACGUUGUAAAUAUGUUUUGUAGAGUGAAGCCAUGGGAAGCCAUGUGUAUCAGAGCUUAGACAUCCAAAACUAAUCAAUGCUGAGGUGGCUAAAUACCUAGCCUUUUACAUGUAAACCUGACUGCAAAAUUAGCUCUUUUUUUAGUUAAUUUAUCAUUCAGAAAUCUUGCAUUUCGUAAAAUUCAAUGCAAGCGCCAGGCGAUCUGUGUCUCAAGGCUGCAACAGUUUGAAACAGUUUGGGUAAUGUACAAAAUAUCAUGAAACAACUGUUUCCACACUUGCACCAAAUCAAGAGCAGUGCUUCUCCAUUUAUGUUUUACAGAGCAGUGUUUUUCAUUUUCUGUGUUCAUUUCCCCCUAAAAUCCUGAUCUGAUUUUAUCAGUUUUUUAAUUCUUCUAAUUUCCUCCUUUCCUAAGGCACUGUUGCUAUGGCACUUUUCUAUAAUCUUUUCAUUCCUGUGUACAGUAGCUUAAAAUUGCAGUGAUUGAGCAUAACCCACUUGUUUGUAUAAAUUAUUGAAAUGUAUUUCCAUUUGCACCCUGUAAGAAUGGACUAGUAGUAUUGCUGGGCAUGUGUGCUAAAAGUACAUCCCUUUUUCAAAUUACAAGGAAACAGCCCAAUGAACCUGUCAACAUGGUUGUGGGAGAGAAAGAAGGAAGAAAAACUAGUCAGAUGUGAAUUGUAUCUGUUGUAAUAAACAUGUUUAAAACAAAGAAAUACUGGUUUUCAUUUCCUUUGGUCACUACAUAUUAGAAUUUGGCCUCUUUGGGGAUUGUUUAUCGGAGCUAUUCUUGUUGAAUACUUUUGUACUUAACUGAAAAUAAGUCCUCAAGGGAGGCUUUAUUUUAAAAAAUGUAAACAGGGAAUUGUGUAUAAAAUAUUUAAUGACAUUCAGCAACCACCAUUGACACCUCCCCAACAGUUGUCAUAUGUUAACGCCUGGUUUUACCUGUCUUGCUAUUAUGACAUUUCAUUUCGAAGGAUGUUUGUGUUGUAGCUAACCGUUCAAGUCUGGUGCUGACUGCUGUUCUUAGCCAUCACAAAACGCUGACUUUGUGUAAUUGGAGUGUCUCACUGUUUGAAAAUGGUGGGAAGGCUCAGCUUUGUAUAUUGUUUCCUAAAGUAUAUUAAAAAUAAAAAAGAAACUAUUGCUACUACAACAUAAA